UGCCAUCAUGGGAUUGCCGUCACCAGCCAAUGUGCUGAAGUGAGCUGGAUUUUUCCUCCGGUUUAAGCCAGCAAUCAUGGCGGGAAUCAAGCGUGGGUACGACGGAAAGAUCGCUGGACUAUAUGACCUGGACAAGACGCUCGGCCGUGGCCAUUUCGCCGUGGUCAAACUAGCACGUCAUGUCUUCACCGGCGAAAAAGUGGCAGUCAAGGUAAUUGACAAGACCAAGCUCGACACGGUCGCGACUGGUCACCUGUUCCAGGAGGUCCGUUGUAUGAAACUGGUCCAGCAUCCAAACAUUGUUCGGCUCUACGAGGUCAUCGACACGCAGACCAAGCUCUACCUGAUCUUGGAGCUCGGCGAUGGUGGUGACAUGUUUGAUUACAUCAUGAAGCACGAGGAGGGACUGAGCGAGGAGCUGGCCAAGAAAUAUUUCGCCCAGAUUGUGCACGCCAUCUCGUACUGUCACCGGUUGCAUGUGGUUCAUCGUGACCUGAAGCCAGAGAAUGUGGUGUUCUUUGAGAAACAGGGCCUGGUCAAACUCACCGACUUUGGCUUCAGUAAUAAGUUUCAGCCGGGAAAGAAGCUGACCACCAGCUGUGGCUCGCUGGCUUAUUCUGCCCCUGAGAUCCUGCUGGGAGAUGAGUAUGAUGCACCUGCUGUGGGAACCUGCCAUCAUGGGAUUGCCGUCACCAGCCAAUGUGCUGAAGUGAGCUGGAUUUUUCCUCCGGUUUAA